AGUUCACUCCGCCCCUACCGCUGUAGACGCUGUGCCUAUGGCCCACAACUGAGCUGUCCGCUGUCCACAAGCCCAUGGUGCUGAAAUCACGGAUCGCUAACAAUGUAACGGCAAUGAAACAAAGAAACUGGGACCCCGAUGAACAGAAUAAUAAUGGACGAUGAUUUGUUCCAGUUGAGGCAGCUACCCAGUGUGGUGAAGUUUCGGCAUACCGGUCAGAGCAGUCGUUCAGAGGAUGACUGUAGGACGAGGGAUCAGAUGGUGCAGGCAGAGGGAGAACCCACGGACACGGGGUUUGCAGCUCUGGAAGAUGGAGCGCCGGUACCCCGAGAGUUCGCCAACCCCACUGACGAUACGUUCAUGGUGGAGGAUGCCGUGGAGGCCAUUGGCUUAGGCAUGUUUCAGUGGAAGCUCUCCAUCAUCACAGGCCUCUCCUGGAUGGCGGAUGCCAUGGAGAUGAUGAUUCUCAGUGUCCUGGCGCCGCAGCUGCACUGUGAGUGGAGGCUGCCCAGCUGGGAGGUGGCGCUGCUCACGUCGGUUGUAUUUAUUGGAAUGAUGAUCAGCUCUUCAUUAUGGGGGAACAUAUCUGAUAGGUACGGGCGAAAAACUGGUCUGAAAAUGAGUGUCCUGUGGACUCUCUUCUAUGGGAUCCUCAGCGCAUUCGCUCCUGUUUAUGGAUGGAUCCUGUUCCUUCGAGCCUUGGUCGGCUUUGGGAUCGGAGGAGCUCCUCAGUCAGUGACACUGUAUGCCGAGUUUCUCCCCAUGAAAUCCCGAGCCACGUGCAUUCUGCUGAUUGAGAUUUUCUGGGCUCUGGGCACAGUGUUUGAAGUGCUGCUUGCGAUCCUGGUGAUGCCCACACUGGGCUGGCGUUGGCUGCUCACCCUGUCCACCAUCCCACUCUUCAUCUUCGCCCUCCUCUGCUUCUGGCUGCCAGAGAGUGCCCGUUAUGACGUUCUGACUGGGGACAAGGAGAAGGCUCUGAACACACUCAAACGCAUUGCCAUGGAGAACAGGGUCCCAAUGCCACUGGGCAAGCUCAUAGUGGCCAGGCAGGAGGACAGAGGGAAGAUAAAGGACCUGUUCUUACCACACGUCCGCUGGACUACAGUUCUGCUCUGGUUCAUAUGGUUCUCUAAUGCUUUCUCCUACUAUGGACUUGUACUACUGACCACAGAGCUUUUUCAGGAGGGCGGGGCCUGUGGAGAGGCCAAAGGUAGUAAGACUGAGCCAAGCUGUAACCUUGAGUGCAAAUAUCUCAAUCCGGAUGAUUACAAAGACUUGCUCUGGACUACACUCUCUGAAUUCCCAGGUCUUCUUGUGACCCUGUGGGUUAUCGACAGGCUGGGGAGGAAGAAGACGAUGGCGCUGUGCUUCCUCGUCUUCUCGAUCUGCAUCAUGCCGCUCUAUGCCUGUGUAGGCAGGACCUCUUUAACCAUUCUGAUCUUCAUUGCGAGAGCAUUCAUCGCUGGAGGCUUUCAGGCAGCUUACGUUUAUACACCGGAGGUGUAUCCAACAGCGACAAGAGCCCUUGGUCUGGGUACAAGCAGUGGUAUGGCCCGUGUGGGAGCACUCAUCACCCCCUUUGUGGCACAGGUGAUGCUGGAGUCGUCCGUGUACCUGACGCUAUCCGUGUACUGCUGCUGCUGCCUGCUCGCUGCCGCCGCGUCCUGCGCACUGCCCAUCGAGACGACGGGCCGCGGUCUGCAGGAGUCCAGCCACAGAGUGGAGUGGGGUCAGGAGAUGAUGGGCCGAGCCACUAGCCCCAGCCCGGACAGUACUCACCGCUCCAGCUCCGGAUCACAAGACUGAGGCAGGCGGUAGACGAAAGACAGCUGGAGCACAGACAGGAAAGAGAAAUGGUGAAAUGGUCAAAGGUUGUGGGGGGAGGAAUGUUCAUAUUAUGGUUUUGGGUAUGUGUGAAGAAAGAGUCAGUCGGCAAAGGUGGUCUCGUUAGUCAUGUGACUCAAGGGCGGAGCAUGGAUCCAGGACAGACGGCCAGUAAUGGUGUCUGAGCAACCUUCUCUACACUGGGCCAGUGUAUCUGGACUGUACAAAACAAUGGUGCAGGAUAUAUGACAAGCUCCUUGGCAGUGAUCCACCCAUGUUAGUAUUACUUCAGACAACAGCCUGAGUUCACAGCCACCCACUGUUCAUAAUAUUCACCAUUAAAGGAAUACUUCACCAAAAAAGCUAGUGUUAUGAAAAAAUACUCUUAGGGGCCAGCAAAUAAGGUUUUGCUAAUACUGCUCCCCAUUACCCUGCAUUCACUGUUGACCAUGGUAGCUUAUUUGGGAGGGAGGUGAGGGUUGUGGAAUUACUGUCUCACAUGGUCUCAUAAGUCAGAGACUGAUAGGCUAAGUGCCCUGGAACAUAGCUGCCUCCACUGUUGUUUUAAAUGGCUCUCUCUGUAACCAGUAGGUAGGCCCUACAUUAGUCCUACUGUUGACCUUUCCACUAUUUUUUCUGAAGGAGACUUAGUUUGGAUGGAGGGAUGUGUAAAUAAAUUAACGUGCAGAAGUGAAGCUGCUGGGCGAUAAAUGAACGACUUACAACAUGUGUAAAAUCAUGAUUUCUGGUGUUUAUUUAACUACAUAAAAGAGCCUCACCACACAUCACCUGCCCACACCAAAAAAACAAAAAACACCACAAAAAUGUCUCUUUCAAAUUAAAUCUCGCAGUCCACCACAGAAACCUUGUUGUUCACACUCCCUUCAUUAGUUUCCGUCUAUGGAUCGAAGCAUGUCGUGAAUGUCAUAUCUGCUAUCGUUUUCAACAUUCUACCCUGUCAGAGAGCACCUCUCACAGACCUCAGGUCCCAUUUAGUGGGCUUGCUCUGCCAGACAGGUCAACACAUUAGCAUGGUGUCUCCAAUUAGCAGCAAGCCACCCACAGUCAUUUCAAUAAUGAAUAUGAACGCACACUAGUCAUUGCUUAUUAAAGUUAAGCAUCCUUUGAAAACCCAGAGAGAAUCCUAUAGCAGUAAAAUUAUGGCUUCAGCCAAGUCAAGGCAAUAUAUAUAUAUAUAUAUAUA